AUGGGAUCCGCGGGCGACGCAGACCGCCUCCAGCGGCUUCUCCUCGCCACCUACCACCCCCGCAACGUCUACCUCCUCCUGCUCGACCGCACCGCCUCCACGGACGACCGCGCACGGCUCGCUCGCAGCGCGCGUGCUGCCCCCGGCCGCGCCAACGUCCAUGUCGUCGGGGACCCCGGGUUCGCCAACCCGCGCGGGGCCUCCGCGCUCGCCGCCACGCUGCACGGCGCCGCGCUACUACUGAGGGUCGACCAGGGCUGGGACUGGUUCGUGCACCUCGACGCCGAUGAGUACCCGCUCGUGGCACCCGAUGCUAGUGGAAAGGUAUUAGUUUAUGAAGGGAAAGACAAAUAA